AUGGAUUUUGGAUUAAAAGUUGGUGAUUUAGUAUGGGCCAAAAUGGUGUCAUUUUCUCCUUGGCCAGCUCGUAUUGUCCAACCCGGCCCAAGCACUCCGAAGAAAACUGGAAGAAAGGAAUGCCAAUGGGUAUAUUUUUUCGGCAGCAAAAAUUAUGCUUGGAUCGAAAACAACAAUAUCAAACCUUAUGCAGACUUCAAAGAAAAAUUUUAUGAUUGCAACAAUACAGCCUUAUUUAAGAAAGCUAUAAGUGAAAUUGAAGAAUUUAUAAGCAAACUUGCUGAAGAUCCAAAUUAUGAAUUGCCGAAUUUUGAUUUGCCAGUGCCUACGUCUAGUUCUACUACCACCAACAAUACUUCAACCACGAGCAGCAAAAAAUCUAAGACGCCUUCGAAAGAAAAAGAAAAGGAGGAUCCUGAUAAAAAGUUCAAUAAGCUUAUUUCUCCAAAAAAAACUAAGAAGGCUGCUCCAGUAAAAAGAGAAAAUUCAGAUGCUGGUUCAACUAGAAGUUCUGCUCGUGCACCAAAAAGAUCAAGAACAUCUCCUCGUUUGGAAGAGAAUGGAAUCGGCGAUCUUGGUACUGAAAUUCUUAACAGACCUUCAAUUUUGGACGCACCAGAAUCACCUACCCUCAACUUAAAUUCAAUUUCGGAACUGUUGAAUACUAAAGACAUCUUAGCUUCGAAGCUGACUUUUGGAUUCAUUGGAUUAGGAACAAUUGGAAGCGGUAUCGUCAAGAACUUAAUCAAUUCUGGACACAAAGUGAACCUCUUUAAUAGGACAAUGAAAAAGUGCGAAGACUUCAAAGCACAGGCAGAAAACGACGUCAACAAAGCAGGCCUCGUCAACACAUACAUAGCGCCAUGUGAUGUCAUGCAAAAUUCUGAUAUCACUUUUAAUUGCGUUUCUGAUCCUUAUAACGCUAAAGAGAAUCUUGUCGGCAACUGUGGAAUAACCAAAGUUGGAGAUAGUUUUCACGGGAAAGGUUACGUCGAAAUGACCAGCAUUGACCCGCAAUCAUCAAAAGAUAUGUGCGAAAUAAUCAAAAGCAAAGGUGGUCGUUAUUUGGAAGCGCAAGUGCAAGGAUCCAAAAAUGAAGCGGACGAAGGAAGCCUCGUAGUGUUAACUGCUGGAGAUAAAUCAUUAUUUGUAGAUUGCCAGUCGUGCUUUAAAGCGAUGGGAAAAACUGCAUUCUUCUUGGGAGACGUUGGAUAUGCUACAAAAACAAAUCUGAUCUUACAACUCAUGAAAGGAGUCGCUUUAGUUGGCAUGGCGGAAGGAUUGGCAUUAGCAGACAGAUGCGGUAUUUCUUCAAAAGACGUCCUCAACAUAUUCAAUUUGACCAAUUUAGCGUGCGGAUAUUUAAGCAACAAAGCGGAGCUGAUAGUAAAAAAAGAAUUCAAACAUGUCGAACAAGCUAUCAAACAUAUGCAAAAAGAUAUGCAGCUCGCAUUGGACCUAUCUGACCAAUUAAAACAACCUCUAUUGAUGACGUCGACGGCCAACGAGGUAUACAAGCACGCCAGGAGGUUGGGAUACGAUGAACAUGACGCUGCUUGCGUAUAUAUGAGGACGAGGCAUUAA